AUGGCGUCCGCCGUUGCGGACAGAUACGCGUUGGGCAGUACCAACAAGAUUGCGGCGAAAGCACGGUACACGGACUAUCGGAUGGCGAUCAUUUCCGAGACGUUGGAGUUGAUUAGCAACGAAAUCGAUGCGCUGAUGGCGAGCAAAACGCGAAUCGAGAGAGCGCAAAAGGCUUUGGCCCUGGUGUUCUCUGUGUGCACCGAAUGCCUGGCGCUUCGAUCGCUCAAAUUGGACAAGGACGUUACGCUGGACAAGGCGCAGGUGGAGCUGGAAAAACAAUUGAUCCAAGAAAUCCGCGCUUUGUUCUGCGACACACUGUGCCAGAUAACAGAAAAAGUUGGACACCUCAAGAGGUUGAAGAAUUUACUCGAAAUCAAUUGGAGCAAUAAGAAAGAGGCGUACGACGUGGACACCGUUAAUUUGACUCUGAACAUUAAAUCGCCGUAUAUUAUGCCUCACACUAAAGCGGUGGGAGAAACGGAGUGGUUUCAUAUGCUCUAA